AUCAAAAUAAUGGUGAACUUAAAAUAUGACGAUUAUUUUACACCACUCGUUGAUGGAACUCGAUUGUGCAAGAUUUUGAUUGGUUCCGGUGAUAACAAAACUGUUUGUGGACAUCCAAUAAAGAAACAAAAGAAAUCAAGUACAAGUGGAAUAUUGUAUCACUUAAGAGCAAAUCAUCCGGAUACACUUCUUGAAAUUGGUGGAAGUCUUGAAGUUCAGCCAUUGAAAAAGCGAAAGUUAGGCGAGGAAUGGCGAAUUCCAGAGAAUAAAUCUGGAACUGAAGGAGAUUUUAUCAACUGGACAGCAGAAGAUUUUGAGGAAAAACGAAUCAAUGAUGCACUGAUAAAUAUGAUAUGUCUUGAUGCAAUGCCACUCUCAACAUUAGAACGUCCUGGAAUACAACACUUUCUGAAUGAAGUGUGUCCUACAUUUGUGCCAAAAGGAAAAAAUCAAAUGAACGUAAUGGUACAUAGUCUUCAUUUCAAAUACGAGCAACGUCUGAGAGAAGAACUCCGAAAUGUGGAAUAUGUUGGACUAGGAUGCUAUUCAUGGAACAAAGACGAUAGAAAAAAUGAACAAGUUGUUGGAAUCAGCUGUCAUUUUAUGAAUUCUGAUGGAUCAAUUGUUACAAGGUUUCUGGAUGCUAUACAUAUUUCUGAUCCUCAUGAAGAUCCUGAAUUGGAGAUUGAAAAUGCAAUCAAAUCCAUUACGGAUUAUUAUUCAAUCGGAAACAAAGUUGUGGCAAUGAUUAAAGAUGGAGUCUCAAACUUGAAGCUUUCUGCUCAAUUGCUAGAAUUUGAUAUAUACGAUUGUACAUGGAAUAGUCUCUCACUUGCCUCUAUUUCAGGAAUUAACACAAUUCCAGGAGGAACUGAACUUAUUGAAAAAUGCAAGAAAAUCGUUCAAAAAAUCAACGAAUCGGCAGUAUAUGAAACGAGUUUAAUUGGAGAAUAUAUGACCAUCGAUUCAGCUGAUCUUGUCAAAUCCGGCAAGUUGAAUUGGAUUACUGUCGUUAGUAUGUUUGAGCAGUUCACUAAGUUGAAAGGACUACUCGAUACAUUUUUGAUGAAUGACAUGGAAGGCCUGAUGCUCUAUCAACAAGAUUACGAUCUUAUGGAGAUUAUCCUGAGAACACUGUCUCCCUUGAAAACUGCCGUCGAUUUUGGAAAACAACACACAUUCCGGAUUUCUGCAAUAAUUUCCUUAAUUUCUGCAUUGAUUUCAAAGUACUCGGCAGAACACUCAUAUGAUAUGUGCAAGGCUAUCAAAUUGACACUUGAAGAAGAAUUGAAAAGAUAUCUCCAAAUUCCGACACUUUUGUUUGCAACUGUUAUCGAUCCAAGAGUAAAGUUAUUAUUACUGCCUGCGACAGCAAAGGAAAUUGUGCAGAAGAAACUUGAAAAAAUUGCACAAAAUAUAAGGAAUGCAGAAGACGUAAAAGAUGUUGCAAUUACUCACAACCAGCAUUGUAAAACUGAUGUUCAAAGCAAUUAUGAUCUAUUCGCAGAGUUGUUCAAAAAAUUACACGGAGAAAAUUAUCAGAAUUCUUGUAAAGAGGGAGAGAUCGUGAGCCCACAAGCAAUGGCUAAGACAGAGCUAGAACGAUGGAUUUCGGAGCCAAACAUUGCAUUUGAGGAGCCUAUAGUGUUUUGGCAAAAAGCAGAAAAUCGAACUAGAUAUCCUCUUUUAUUCCAACUCUCUUCAAUUGUAUUAUGCCUACCGGGUGCUUUGUUGAAUACUGAAAAUCUUACUUCCGCUAAGAAUCUACUUUUCGAGCAUCAAAUUGGCUGUGAAGAUCAAACUAAUCAGAAAAUAUUAUUCCUUCAUCAGAACAUGAAAUUAAUUGGUAUUCUAUGAUAAUUUAUCUAAAAGCUUGUUUUCAUUCUGAAAUGCAUGCUUCAAUGAUUGUAUAAUUUCCAUAUUGAAUUUGAAAUUAAUAUUUACUUUCUUUAAAAUGACAAAAAUAAACUAUGCAUUU